AAAGACCACUCCUUUGAGUCUUUAGUCAUCAGAAAGAGAUGAGUUCAGUGGCGAUGGCGAACUCUCCGAGCGUCGUCCACAACGUGUUUGUCUACGGCAGCCUGAUGGCCGAGGACGUCUGUCGAGUCCUCUUAAAUCGAGUCCCUCAAUCCUCUAAUGCUACCCUCAAUGGCUAUCAUAGGUACAGCAUCAAGGGACGUGUUUAUCCGGCGAUUCUCCCCGUCGAGAAUAAAAAAGUUACCGGAAAGGUGUUGUUAGGCAUCACAGAUCCUGAAUUACAUAUUUUGGAUGAAUUUGAGGAUGUUGAGUAUCAGAGGGGCACUGUUGAGGUCUCUUUGAUGGAUAGUUCUGAGAACUUGCGAGUUCAUACUUAUGUUUGGAGUGACAAAAAUGACCCAAACUUGUAUGGAGAAUGGGAUUUUGAGGUAUGGAAACAAAGGCACAUGGAAGAUUUUAUCAAGAUGACUUCUGGUUUCAUGGAAGAGCUGGAGCAACCUGAAUCAAAGCCUAGAGUUGCAACGUAUGAAUCCUUUUAUCAGCAGGAUGGCUAGAAAUCCUCCAAUAUCAUGAUUUUAUACUCAAUUUGAAGAUUCUGAUCCAUUUAAACUUCUAUUAUAUUCUAUCAUCAAUAUAAUGGGUAUUUUAAAUUAGA